AUGAGUAACCAGCUUUCAGUUAAGAAUAGGAGAGAACUUACCGAAUGUGAACGUGCAAAAAUUAUUGCACUUUCAGAAGAUGGGCAAUCGGUGCGUAAAAUAUCAAAAAAACUCGGUUACCCUAAGUCUACUGUUCAAGAUACGAUUUCCCGUUACAAGACUAAAGGAGGCACCAAUAGUGCACCACGAUGCGGCCGCCCUUCCUUGCUUGAUAAAAAUGCGAAGAAUCAUUUAAAGGAAAUA